CAGGCAGGAGCAAGAAGAAAAACCCGGUGUUGCUCUGGAUGUGGGCAGAAUUUUGGCGGAGCGCCUUCUGGACGUGCCAGAAUCAUUCGUCAUGGUGGAAGAGCUGGUGGAUGAACUUCUGCGUACCUGCCGAAGACUCUGCAGGAAUAGUUUCAUGCCGCGACUGAUGCCAGCCAUUGGGGAGGGCAGUUUCUGCCAAGGCUGGAGUCCCCGUGAGGAUGACGCCGUCUACCGCCUGCUCGUGCCCCUGCAGGCCCCCCGCGGGCACGCCUUCCACCUCGAGCUGGGCACUGAUGAGGAGAUGCCGGCAAGGAACUCCCGCCUCCGCGUGGAGCUGGUGUGUACCUGCAUGAGGGAGCGGCUGGCGAAGGACAUGCUGUGCUUCCUCCACCACCCCAAGGAGGAGCUGAGGAGAAAUCAGGGUCCCAGCCUGCUAGGCACCCUCUGCACCGGCCCCUACCUAGACGUGGAGAAAACCACACGCUGGUUCCAGAUAUUGGUAUGUGCAGCCUGGCAGGUUUUGCCUCGGUCGCGACACAGCCACCUCACAGCGCUGCCCUCCAGGCGCUCCUGCAAGCUCCGGGUUGUGGAUGCUUCUGAUAGUCCCCUCCUGAUUGAGAUGCUGUUUGGGGUGAAGCAAGGUGACUCGGACACCUUCCUGAGCAUCGAGUAGGCAGAGGCCAGGCUUACCAUCAGCGGGACGUGGCCAGAGAGCUGUGCUAUGGCAGAGGUGCACAUCUUCACGCACAGGGCCAGGCCUCGAUGCCACUGAGGUGAAGGGUUCCGAAACAGACUGUUGUGCCGAAGGAUCUAUGUAAAUCGGCAAGACUACAGCAAAACGUGCAAAGUCAAAAGCAAAAGUGCAGGGAGAGCGAGGUCCGCCCAGCCUUCAGAGCGAGAAGAAGCUCCUGAUGGGAGGCAGCUCUGAUCGGCCUGGGCGGGGAGAAGAGUGAAGGCUGCAGUUUAUAAGCUAGUGUACCCGCCGUUUCGGUGAAGCCACUGAGCCGAAGGAUUCUGAAGCGGAGGGGUGUGCCGGAGGAGUCUUCCUAAAACCUCAAAACCGUGGCACAAACGGAAAUUCAAAAGCAAAAGCACAGGGAGAGGGCGCGUAGCCCAGGCUCCCCCUCAGAGCGGGAAGUGGUGAGCUCCUGAGCGGAGGGAGUCCUGACUCAGCGUGGGCGGGGACAGGAGCGAAGGCGGUAAAACCGCCGCACGUACAAAGGCUAUCGGCAGGGGGCGCGAGCCACCAGGAGGGAAGGGGAGUAGGGCGCGGCGGUGCGCGGGC